UCUGAAAAAAACUUUGAAUAGCAAAUCGGACGAUCGUAAAAUAAGUAUGGAAGGAGCAUCUAGUAAGAAAUCCGAAGACAAAUGCGUUGAUAAAAAAGCAGAAGGUGGUGAAGAUGUCACAUUAGAUUACUUUAGUGCUAGCGAGCGUAGGAAUUUCUUGCAUGGCAUGGUUAAAUCCUUGCCAACAUCUUUGCAAAAUCGCUUGACUGUACUGAAGAAUAUGCAAAUUGAACAUCUUGAUUUUGAACGCCAACUUUACGAAGAUAUUUUUAAUGUCGAAAGAAAGUAUCAUGAGAAAUUAAUUCCUUUGUACAAUAAACGCAAGGAAAUCGUAUCUGGCGCGCUUGAACCAAAGCCUGAACUACCAAAAUGGAAAGAUUCUGAGAAAAAUUAUCCUGAAACUCCAUUGAUGAACGAUUACUGUAAUAUUCUAAAGAUGUACAAAAACGCCAAUGAGAAGACGAAAGGUUUGCCAAACUUCUGGCUAACUAUUUUCAAGACAUCGGACCGCCUUUCGGACUUUAUAUAUGUUGUUGAUGAGCCUCUACUCUCAAAGCUUAAUGACAUUACAAUUGAUUAUAGCGAUUUGUCAUACACAAUCGGAUUUCACUUUGAUGAAAAUGAGUACAUUCAUAACAGUGUUUUAACUAAACAGUACUUUCUGAAGAAGACCGUUGAUAAAGACUUUCCCUUCAGUUAUGAUGGACCAGAUGUCACUAAAUCAGUUGGCUGCAAAAUUGACUGGAAGGAGGGUAAAAAUUUAACAUUAAGUAGAAUUGAAAACAUUGCAUGUGAGACAGGACCCAUAGUCGUGCCUACUGCUAGUUUCUUUCACUUUUUCAAUCCACCUCAAAUUGCUGAGGAAGAAAUGGAUGAAGAUGCUCAAUUAGUUAUGUUUAAAGACUUUGAAUUAGGACAGUUUAUUCGGGACGAGCUCAUACCAAGGGCAGUUUUGUUUUUCACUGGUGACUAUUUUGAGGACGUCGAACAGUUCACCGACGAAGAAAGUACCAAUAAUAGUGAUGAGUGUGGUGGUGAUGAGUGUGAUGGUAAUGACCUAAAGCCAGCAUAACUUGAUGCUAUAUAUAUUUUUUUAGUUGUUAAAUAAUGCUUCAUGUUAACAUUACAGAAAUUAAAAAUAAGUAAAUAAAAA